CUUUUGCAGACACGCUUCCACGAAAAGGCGCAGGCUUUCAGGGUAUGUGUCGGGAAGACGGGGAGGAUCCUCGUGGACGAUUAGCUGAAGCAGGUCCAGGAUCCCUGCCGGUUCCUCCUCGGCAUCCGUGCCAGCGUACGGCAACUUCUGCGUGGCAAGCUCGUAAAUCGUGAUACCCAACGACCAUAUAUCACUCUUGAUCGUGUAGUUCUCGCCACAAAUCCGCUCGGGAGACAUGUAUGUCGACGUGCCCACAAACGUCUCGGCCAUCGAGUUGAUUAGCUCUCCCGACACGCCGAAAUCACACAGCUUGAUGAGUCCGGCCGAGUUGACCACCACGUUUGCCGGCUUGAGGUCACGGUGGAUGAUGUGCAGAACGUUGUAAAGGUACUGUAGGCCCUUCACCAUAGCCACGACAAUCGUCCCGAGUACGUCACAUGGCAGAGGACCGCCCAUGUACAGGAUGCGGUCAAGCGACCCGCAAUCCAUGUACUCCAUACACAAACAAAUCCCGUUUGUGUCGAGAAACGCGCCGUAGAAGCCGACAAUGAAGGGCGACUUGCAGUGGUGGAGCACAUCCAUCUCUCGCAGAAUCUGCUUCUGGACCUUGACAUUGGAUCCAACAAACACAGUCUUUUUUGCCAUAUAGAUCUGGUUGUAACGAACCAGCGUUACAGACCCGCCGUUUCCUUGUCCAAUGGGCCGGACUGUCUCGAGCUUCAUGUUGUCGAGGUCGUGAAUCCAUGAGGGAUGGACGGUCGAAUGGAUGUACCGUUCCAAAGAGUCUUCGACCUUGUUGUCGAAUUGCUGUUGGAGCAGAUUGUUGUUGUAGCCCGUCACCGAAACGGGCUGAAGAACUAAGUUCUUGACAUUUUUGUUUUUCCGUCGAAACAUCAGAAAGGGCCGGGGAAAUGACAAACAAGCCCUGGAAUUGGUUUUUCAAUAAAAUUAUUUUUCCAAAUUUAAAAAACGACACGCGUAUGAACUAAAGGUGACUUCGUACAGACACAGAGAGUCAAUCAAACUUCGGGAAUUGCUCCUAAGAACGUGGUUCUUGUUUUUUUUUCUCGUGCAACAGGGACCGGUUACACAGGGAGCAGGCUGCUGGUACUGUCGACGCGGGAACAAAGAAAGAAAAAAGCUGGAUAAAAAAAGCACAGAGACCUUGUACGGCGGCGUUCGUUGCUCGUUUUCAGUUGGUCUUGCCAACGAUCCGUUUGUUCGUUAAUUCAGAGUGUGUAAGUAAAGGCUGACGUAAAUAAGCAAGGGUGCCACUAGAACUCCCAACGUGACGCGCUGGGUGGACUCUUCCGGAGGGGUGCCUUUCUAUAUGAGCGAAAAACAGAAAAUAAAUGUGUCCUCACAAAUGAAACUGGUAUAAGCGAGUAUGACGCAAAUAGACGGGACCCGGGGCGCGUGAAUGCUGUCGAAGGCAAAGCGUUUUGUUGAAACGUUAGACGACACAAUGUCUAAAAAAUUCAGCCGAACAGUCGCAAAAUUUGCGCAUGGCAUUAUGCAAAACGCGAUGAACAGGGCCCAGCUUUCCUUAGAAAUGUCGCAUCCAUGGGAGACCGCGCCGGCGGGUCGAAACACAUCCACCGGAUUCGCAAGCCGACAUCAGGCCUGAAAGUCUAUAUGGAAUUGGCCAAUCGCUGAGCCGAUAAAGAAAUAAAGUGUCGCUUCGAUAGGCACAUAAAUCAGGAUGCGUUACGUAGGCCGCCAAAGACAGAGGAGAGAAAAACACAGUAUGCAGGAGAAAACCAAUCACUGGAAAGCAUAUGCCGAAACUGCAGUUCCACGUGUGCAAGAAACAGUCUGUCGUGAGAUUUUGCGCAAUGCUGAUAGCGUGGAAAACGCACAAUGGAUGCAAGUUCGCUGCUGCCGAUGGACAGAACCGUCACUCCGACAGGCGCUGAAUGACGGAUGCGUUGACGACGACAACAACGACGAGCUGGUACAACGUAUUCACACGCCAUGCGCUUCUGGAUCCAUGUGAACAUGUGCAUGUGUGUGUAGAUGAUGUAGCUGAGCGUGACUCGCACAUGCAAGCGAGAAGCUGCUUACGUUUCUCUGGGUUGGAGUCAAUCAGUAUGUGCCUAGAAUAAACACUUAUAAAAAUAAAACUUGCAUUCAUAUGACUAGCACAUGAUCAAACCCAAUAGAAAAAACCCGCAAGGGUAUAUGAAAAAGAUCGACAGCCAUUUGAAGCAGCGACGAUCAGCGACCCAGUAGCAGUUAGGCAAACAGCGCCUCUGACUCGACAACCGAGAGGAACUGUGCGGUAGUACUCGAAUCUAGGCAUCGGUAGCCGGCAACGUCACAUAAGUAUAGACGAGCAUCUAGAAGACGUGGAACAGAGAUGAGGCAUUUUUGGUCGUGCCGAUAUGAAUCAGGUGUGAAACGGACCGAAGAGGCGCAUUGGCUGCUUCGCUCGACAGGAACUGCAGAGAAACGACGGCUCACGUAAAGCCGAGGGUGAGCAGCAGCUCGGCCGAGCUCGACAAAGUCCCUCGGAAUGGACGAAACAGAGCAUCGGGUGAGAAGAGAAUGCACAGCUGCUACCCGCUUUUGCUCGGGCGCUCUAUGGUAUGCGCUUUCGAGACUCGUAGAAUGGGUACGACGAGGGACGAGGGACGAGGAGGUGAGGCACUCAUAUAAGCGCUGUCAGUAGAUUUUCCCGCUGCGAGAAUGGGGAAAAGAACUUUUCCGAAAGCCUCUCCUGUGCAUUCCUUUUUUAGCGGCAGUAGGAGUAACAAAUAAAUAAAACACAUUUUUACAGUAAUCGUCUCAAGGGGUCAUUUUAGC